UUGCGGGAGGUUGAGAGAGAAAAACGUUUACGUCCAAAGCCUUCGUAGUUACAUUUCAUUUUCGAAUUCUCAGUUCUUUGAGAAGGUUGUGGUAACUUAGUUUUUUUUAAGGGAGUUUCUUACAUUAUCCCACAGGAAGCCUUGAAAAGGCUCGCCCUGAAGCGGCAUGUGUCAUUUUUCUUAACAAAAUUUGUGUUAAAUUUACGUCUGCUGUCGUCUGCUGUGAACCACGUGUUUCUGUUUCACUAUAGGCACAGCUCCUCAGUACUACAGUAGAAAAGAGAGACUGAAGUCUGAACAUAGUCUUCUGUUAUUUGUGUUGAACUUGUAUUUUUAAGUGAUGGCGAGGCGUAACUCGGGUCAUUUUGAACCGUUUCCAUAUAAUCAUGAAUACUACGCACUCCUUCGUAUUAAAGAGAAUGAAAGAUUCUGCCACUACGAAUUUCAGGCACGGUCUCCUCAGUUACCCCUUCGACAAGAGUUGAUAAAAUCAUUGAAAGAGCUCAACGACAAACUAAAUCUGUCGGUUUCAACAUUUCACCUAGCAAUUCAUUUGCUGGACAUAUUCAUGGACUGCCAUGAAAUUGAACCUCAGCAGUUGAUGUUGACUGGGUCAACGUGUCUGUUGCUUGCAGCUAAAUAUGUCGAUGUUGAUACUAAUGUUCCAAAAUUUUCACAUUUGCGAUCUUUGACCAACUAUUGCAAUUCAAUUCACGAGUUUUCAUUGAUGGAAAGGAUGCUGCUAAAUUUUUGGAAAUGGGAUCUGAACUACUCAACAUCCUUAGAUUUCUUGGAACACUAUUUGUCUUGUGAUCUCUUUAAAUGUGCUGAAGGACUCCACACAAACAGCUUGAAUAAUUUUAAAUGCCAAACUGUGUACCUGGCCAAUCUGACACUAUCUGAAGUCAAUUUCAUCUUCUUUAAAUCGUCAGUCAUCGCUGCCGCUUGUGUUGUAGUUGCCCGAAUUCAGUUCAGAUUGCUCCCCACAUGGACAAAUGGAAUGGAAAUAUUGACUGGCUAUUCCUAUGUGGAAAUUGAAGAAUGUGUUCAACACCUUGUCCAUUUGGCCCAAAUAACGCAAAGUGAAUGUUUCUUUAACCAUUUGCAGCAACAGCCCUCGGCUUUAAUACGUGAAGAACCGAGGGCAGAUUGUAAAUGGAACUUGAAGGGUGUAUCUAAUCACAACUGUGCCAGAACAAAGCGGAAGCAUUUGAUACAUUCUCGUGAUUUAAAGCAAAUGUACCGACUAACAGACUGCGCUAUGUAAAAAGUGAAGGAAUGUGUAUAAAAAUUGUUUCAAUUGUUACUUCCAAAAUUCCUCUUUAAAUCCAGAAGUUUUUCGUGUAUCGUUUGCUUAUUACAAUUAAAACGGGUAUCCAACAACAUAA